AUGGGCUGGACGUACGGCACUCCCGACGAUACGCCCACCGAUGGACCACGGAUCGCGGCGAUUACGAUAACCUUUACGUCGAUUUCCCUCCUGCUUGUUUGCUUGAGGUGGUAUGUCAGGACAACUGUGGUCAAAGCUGUUGGUUACGAUGAUUGGGUCAUCAUCGUGUCUUGGCUCGGAGCCUGUGGUUACACCGUCUGCAGCGUGAUUCAAACGAAAUGGGGUCUGGGUAUUCACGUUAUCAAGGACAUGCCGCCACAGAAUGUCCUACAGUUCGGAAAGUUGCAAUACAUGGGCGGCCCUUUCUAUGUUCUUGGCAUCUGGGGUUUCAAGAUGAGCUUGCUAUUCUCCUAUCUUCGAUUCUUCCCGGCGGGAGCUUAUCGCGUGACAACCAUCAUCGUCGCGAUAGCAUGCACUAUGGGACACAUCGCAUUCAUCUGCGUGUUUCUGUUCCUUUGCACGCCGAUUGAGAAACAGUAUGACCCGAAUAUCCCUGCCAACGUAGGACACUGCGCAGAUGGAGUGACCUUCUACCUAACAUUCUCAUCAUUGACCAUUGUAUUCGAUGUUGUCAUCAUGCUGCUCCCCUUCCCCGUCAUCCUCAAAUCCCAGAUCCAAGGCCGAAAGAAGGUCGUCCUCCUCGGUCUGUUUGUGCUCGGCGUCUUCGUCACCAUCAUCCAAGCGAUCCGAAUCCAAACGAUCAAGAACCUGGUCAACUACCUCGACUCAGCCAAAAGCAUCGAAUGGUCCAUCAUCGAGAACAACAUCGGCAUCAUCAUUGCCUGCGUGCCGACUCUCGCGCCGCUGGUCAACUACUUUGCCGAAAGGAGUCGCAGCAGCACUGCCGGCGCGUCAGGGCCGAAGAGCUCGAGGUAUGCACUGCAGACAUGGAGGACUGGACGCAGCGGGAUGCAGCCGCUCGGUACUGGGGUCGACCAUCACACCUCGGUCAGUGCUAGUCGGACGACGAAACCGGAUGAUAGCACGGAGAACAUCCUAGAGCCACAGGGCAUCGUGAAGAGUACGGAGAUCCAGGUCUCAACACAAGACGGGUGGUCAGAUAGAGACGAAGCAGAUAAGGAUAGGGAUCACCGGGUAUAA